CUAUCAGGGUGAUUCAGUGUAGAAGGAGAAGACGACAAUGGGAAGAUCCAAGAGGAAGGCAACUCAGAUCUCCCAAAUCACCACCACCGCCACCAUCUCAGACCUUCCAAACCACAUAACUUCCGACAUCCUAUCUCGACUCCCUCUCUGUUCCGUCUUCGCCUGCAAGCGAGUCUGCAAGCCCUGGCGCGACCUCACCCUCGAACCCUGCUUCGCCAAAUCGCAUCUCUCGAGGUAUCCUCCCAGCCUCGUCUUCUACCGCAUCGGUACGAAAUUCCCCUCUCACUUCGAAAUCCUCCAACUCCACGAUCCCCCUGCUUUGUGCCACCCCACCACCACCGUGAAAUUCAAAACUGAGAUCCACUCCCCUCGUAUGCUCACUGAACUAGUAGCCUCGUGUAACGGGUCGAUUUUGCUGUCGGAUAGCUCGUGUAACGAUGUUAUUGUGUUUAACCUACUCAGGGCACAACGUAUUGUUCUUCCUAAACCUCCAAAAUCGGCACUGAAGGCCCAUAAUUUCGUGAGUUUAGGGUUUGGUCAUAGUCCAACGACUGAUCGGUACAAGGUGUUGAGGCUCACUUAUACGCCUGGUCCAGCUAGAUUGUGCUGUGACAUUUACACAAUUGGGAUUGAUGACCGGUGGAGGAGCAUUGGGGACACUGGACAACCACCCGCUUUUAUUAUCUCGCAAAUCAUUCUCCUGAAUGGGGUUCUUCACUGGAUAGGCGACGGGAAUUCACGGUUCAUUUACUAUUUCGAUGUCGAGAAAGAGCAAUUCGGAAGCUUCCCCUUGCCUUCCCACAUUGAGAGCAGUUGUGAUUGUCUUGGGGUUGUAGAUAAUCGGUUGUACCUUCACGAUGAGCUUUCAGUUGAUGAAUGGAAAGUUUGGACAAUGAAAGAUUACGGGGACUUUGGGUCCUGGACUUUGGAAUGGGUCAUUGAACGACCAAUUACUAACAGGUUUGGCGGAUCUCACAAGCCUUUGAAAACGUUUAAAGACGGAAGUCUGUUGAUGAUGUUUAGCGGUUUAUGUCCGCGAAUAAAUGUCAUGAAGACUACUCUAGCAUCUUACAAUCCGCAAACAAGAGUGCUGGAAGAGAUCAAGUAUCGUGGUGUUGUUUUACUCUGGGGCGCUUCCGUUGCUGAUGUACCAUGUUUCUGCUCUCCAAUGGCUGCUUUGAAAUGACAAUGUUAAAAUCUUUGAGUUAAGGAACUGUUGCAUUAUCUCACUUCAUCAUGAGUGCGUUUUGUUUGAAGACACUUAUUUUGAUUCCGUAA